UUCAACAGAAAUUUCCCAAAGUGGACAAAAAACAAAGUACAAAUAAAAAGCCUCAUCUCAGAGGUGAAGUGAAGUGAUCUGACUCCAGUGUCAGACAGAACGCUCACACACUCACUGCAUGAUUGGAAGAGAACACACACAGGGCGGGACUUCUGGGGAAAUAGAAACUCAACUGUUCUCAUGAUAACACAUUGUGUAUGUUUCCCAACCCCCACACAUACUCCCAUCACUCUAUAUGUUGUGUGCUCUAACCCUUUACCCAGCCUUAUCUACCUUUAACUGCGAGCCUCGACACGGUCCAUGGAGCACGAUGAAGCUGUGGAUGAUGCUUCUGCUUCUGCAGCUACACCUUGGUAAUGCUCCCUGGAUGAAAGAGGUGAGUGUGUCCCUCCCUGCUCCUUCCAAUGUCUCCAUCUCCUCUUUUAACAUGGAGCACAUUCUCAGCUUCCUGCCGGGCCCCGGGACCCCGUCAGAUGCCCGCUUCACUGUUCAGUUCCUCCGCCUCAGCAGGAAGAGCCAAUGGAAACCGCUCGCAGCGUGUGCAAAGCUGACGGCCGGACAGAAGUGUAACCUCACCCGAGCCUUCAAGGACCACUUUGAACAUUACCAAGCCCGAGUCCAGGCCUUCACACUCACCCAGACAUCCAACUGGACCGUGUUGGGGGGAUUCCAGCCUCUGACAGACACGGUGCUGGGACCUGUGGAUGUGUCCUUGUCCGGCUGCGGGAACUGUUUGCUUCUGCGGCUCAGAUUUCCUACAGCAAUGGAGGUCGGUCUAAUAUAUAGACAAAUGGUCCUCAAAAUGCGAAGGACCAGGGAUGAUGUACAGUUCAGUCUGAGCCUGCCUUACAAAGAAGAGACAGUGAUCCCAUACCUGCAGCCAGGUGUGGAGUAUUGUGUGACCGUCUCCAUCUCGUCCCUCUUCACCAUUAAAACUGUCUUCAGUGGUCCUCACUGUGCCUUCACCAGCUCUCCGCCCUCCAGGAGCUCACAUGUUCUGAUGCUCGGCCUGCUGGCUGCAGUCUGUGCUCUGGGGCUGCUCCUCAUGGUACUGCACUUCUACGGACUACAGAGAUUGGAAGUACUGAGAAAAUGCCUAUCUACAACUGUGUCAUACAUCCUCCUGCAAUGCCAGCGUGGUAGGGGUGCGCCCAUUGAACUGUCAGGUCAGAUGUCAGCUGUGCAGCGCCUUAAAGAAGGCUCUGCUGACUGCCUUCUGACUGCACACAGGCCACUGCGGAGUGCCUCUGAGGGGGGAGAGGAAAUCCAUUGAGAGGGCAGUGAAAUCUAAUGUGUUAAGGUAACAUGGGAGGGACAGGACGUAAAGCUUGUCUGGGUGGAUGGGAUUUGGUUAAAUGGUUUUGAGAAAGAAAAAGUCUAAUCCUACUAUCACAGUGAGAUAUUUUUGUAAAUUGUUAAAAUCCUGUUUCCAUGCCAAUAUUUCUAAUAUUCCUCUGAUUUGAGGUGAAUGGCGUUAUGUAGCUGGUGUAGCCAAGAGAAUAACUAGCUCGUAUAAGGACGAUCAUGUUGCAAGGAAUUCUACCUGUGAUCCAGUUGUGUAAAAAAGCGCAUAAGAGAUCAACAUAGUUUAUUUUUGCUUUACUUUGAGUAUUAAUACGUAUUCACUCUAAAGUAGUAUUUUUGCAUAAUCCUGCUGUCCUCCUUCUUAUAUUUUUCUCAAAAGCAGAUUUGUGUCAACCAUUACUGUGAUUACAAUAAAGAAAUGAUGAUUGUCUACUGGA